AUGCCUGCUUGGUCAUCCCUCUUUACUCUCCUGGCCGCUUCGGCUCCCCAGGUCCUGGCUUCUUGCGCCUAUGGAACUCAUCUGCAUCCUCGAGCUGAGGCUGGAGCCAUUGAAGAGCCCAAGUUUGGAUACAACGGUAUCAAAGGCCCCGUCAACUGGUACUCUCUCGACCCAGCUGCCAACGCCAUGUGCGCCACGGGCAAGAACCAGUCGCCAAUCAACAUGGCCAAGGGCUCGUUCAACCUCAUCCCCGCAUCCGAGAUGACCCUCGAAAUCCCCGACUUUACCGAGGGCGCCGAAUUUGAGAAUCUCGGCACCACCGUCGAGGUGCUCGCCGAGGAGGCCGGCGGCGGCAGCCUCGAGAUCGGCGAAAAGUCCUACGAGCUCAAGCAGUUCCACUUCCACCUCCCCAGCGAGCAUCUGGACAACGGUACGAGCAUGGCUAUGGAGAUGCACAUGGUGUGGCAGACUGCGGAGCAGGAAAUUGCUGUCAUCGGUGUUUACAUUGACCUGGACGAUGGUGCUGCGUCUUCUGCCAAGAGCCACUACGGCCGAGGCGGCAGAGGAAAGAGGUCUGCGUUGGAGCCUCGGCAGAGUGCAGCCACACCAUCCACUCUGCUUGAAACAGUUCUGGGGUCUGUCGAUAAGAUUGCGACCCUUGGCGCGACCACUCACACGGAGCCGCUGGCCAUGUCUGAGCUUGUCAAGCUCCUGACCUCUGGGUCGUUUCAAUCAUACGCCGGCUCGCUUACAACGCCUCCUUGCAGCGAAGGCGUCCGGUGGCUCGUCUCCAACAAAAAGGUUUCGAUCAAGACCAGCACGUACCUCAAGGCCCGAUCCGUCAUUGGCUUCAAUGCGCGAUAUCCCCAGAACGCCCCCGGAGAGGAGAACCUGUUGCAGCUGGCCGCAGACGCCGAGGAUGAGCACGACGACUGA